GCCCGCCCGGGCGAGAGGGAGGGAAGCGCCAGCCGCCCACUGGCUUCCUGGGGGAGGCGGCCGCGCCGUCCCAGCCGCCCCGACGGGACGGGGCGGGCGCGGCUUCCUCCUCCCCCAUCCUCCUCCUCCUCCUGGGUCCAUCAUCCCCUGCCGGGCCAGCUGGGAGGCUGGGACUGCGGAGCGCAGGGCAAGGAGCCCCCAUGGCCGGUGAGGACCUCUUGAACUGCGACAGGGCCUUCUCUCACCCGGAUUGGCUAGUCGACAUCGAUUCCCGCCUUCGGAGCCAGGAGGAGGAGCUGACGCUGGUGAAAUCGGCCUUAGCCGAUGCCAUAAGGAGACUCAACGCCUACGACCAGCAGAUCCCUUGGCUCAGACAGCACCUGUUGGGCGGAAACAACGAUGCCCAAUGGAUCCUACCGCCAGCUGCCUCCAAAAAUUCCAGUUCGACCCUCGCCCCCAAAUUAGGAAUCCAGGAAGAAUGGGCCUUGGAAGUGGAGAAGAGGCCAAGGAUCAGCGUCGGGACGCAAACAGAGGACCUGAGGGUGCCAAGGAGAGAUAGGGAAACGUCGCUUAGCAAUGGAGGUCUUCAACAGGCAGAGGAGACCUUGCCUACGAGGGGAAAGUCCCCUCAGGACUCCUCAAAUGUCGGCGAGAUGGACUUGGCUGAAGGUCUCGGCGGUGGUGGCUCCUUCCGCGUGGCCAAGAACUCCUCCGGGCCGUUAACCGAGACGGAAAACCCGGCUUCCGAGCUAGAAACGGUUCAGGAGAAUCCGGAAGCGCCAACCUCCAACCAGCUUCUCCAGGAGGCUCAAGACGUUGGAGAACCUCCUCCAGAUACCGCUAAGGACAAACCUCCAAGCCCAGGGCGGUCGCGGCUUGGGGGUCAGCCUUCAGGGUCGGGUUCCCCCACCCCGGAGCCCCCCUCGGAAGGGAGCAGCACCCCAGCUUCCCCGAUCCCCAGCGUUCAGAAUGUGUUGGCCGCCAAAAAGGAGCUGCUGCGAAGGAACAGCUCCUCCGAUAAGCUGGCCAAGACCAAACAGCACCUCCAGAAGAAAGCAGCUUCAACGGCAAAUCUUUUUAACCGGUCCAGCAGCCUCGAAAACCGAUCGAAGGAUCCUACCUUAAGUCCCGGACCGACGAGUUCUCGACGUUUGAAUUAUAACCUGGAAGGGCUUUCCAUCAAGAUGUUUCUGCGUGGACGUCCCAUCACCAUGUACAUCCCUUCCGACUUCCACAACUAUGAAGAUUUGCGCAUGGAGUUGCCAACUCAGAAGCUGCAGCUGGACUGGGUCUAUGGUUACCGGGGUCGGGAUUGCCGUUCCAACCUCUACAUCUUAACAUCCGGGGAGCUGGUGUACUUCAUUGCCUGUGUGGUGGUGCUGUACCACGUCCAGCAGCGCACCCAGCGCCACUAUCUUCGCCACACCGACUGUGUGCGCUGCCUUGCGGUUCAUCCUGACGGAGUCCGUGUGGCCUCAGGGCAGAUGUCUGGCGUGGACAAAGACGGCAAGCCGCUGCAGCCCUUCGUUCACAUCUGGGACUCCAUCACGCUCCUGACCUUACAGCAAAUCGGUCUGGGCAGCUUCGAGAGAGGCGUGGGGUCCCUGGCCUUCUCCACGGCGGACGAGGGCGCCUACCUGUGUGUGAUCGAUGAGUCCAAUGAACACAUGCUCUCCGUGUGGGAUUGUGUCCGUGGCACCAAGCAAGCCGAAAUCAAGAGCACCAACGAAUCCGUCCUGAUGGUGGAGUUUAAUCCCCAAGACAGUAGCAACAUCAUCACCGCUGGAAAAUCCCACGUCUAUUUCUGGACCUGGGUGGGAAGCAGCUUAACCAAGAAACAAGGGAUCUUUGGGAAAUACAAGAAACCGAAAUUCAUCCAGUGCUUUGUGUUCGACACCAACGGGGACGUCCUCACCGGAGAUUCCGAAGGCAACAUCCUGACCUGGGCCAGGGCGGCGGCCGACAUUCGCACGCUGGGCAAGGGGGCGAAAGAGACCUAUCAGAUCAGCAAGCAAACCCACGCUCACGAGGGAAGCAUCUUCUGCCUCUGCCUGUGCCGUGACGGCUCCGUGCUGAGCGGGGGUGGCAAGGACCGGCGUUUGGUUCAGUGGAGCCCCCUCCUCACUGUCCUGCAGGAGGUGGAGAUACCGGAGCAAUUCGGUGCCGUGCGCACCAUCGCGGAGGGCCAGAGCGGAGAGCUUUUGGUGGGGACCACACGCAACGCCCUGCUACGCGGCAGUUUGGCCGAGGGCUUCAAACCCAUCAUCCAGGGCCACACAGACGAGCUCUGGGGCCUGGGGACUCACCCCUCCCGGAACCUUUUCGUGACUUGUGGCUACGACAAGCAACUCUGCCUGUGGGAUGGUAGCGAACAUAUGAUGGCUUGGAGCCUCACCUUAGAGGAAACGGGACUCUGCGCUGAUUUCCACCCCAGUGGGAAAGUGGUGACCGUGGGACUCAGCACUGGACGGUGGCUGGUGCUGGACACCGAAACACGACAGGUGUUGUCCAGCUACACGGACGGAAAUGAGCAGCUGUCUGUCGUACGUUACUCCCCAGAUGGAGAGUUUUUGGCCAUCGGUUCCCAUGACAACUUCAUCUAUAUAUAUAGUGUGGAAGAGAAAGAGCAUAAAUAUACUCGUUUUGGCCGCUGCACGGGACACUCCAGUUUCAUCACACAUCUGGAUUGGUCCAAGGAUGGGAAAUUCAUCAUGUCCAAUUCUGGAGAUUAUGAAAUUUUGUAUUGGGAGGUGGCCAAAGGCUGCAAACUAGUACGGAAUCGGUUUGACAACAGGGACCGAGAGUGGGCCUCCUAUACCUGCGUGCUGGGUUUCCAUGUUUUUGGGGUUUGGCCGGACGGCUCGGAUGGCACCGAUAUCAACUCUCUGUGCCGAUCUCACCACGAGCGGGUAGUGGCCGUCGCCGAUGAUUUUUGCAAAGUUCAUCUCUUCCAAUAUCCGUGUGCCAAGCCCAAGGCACCAAGUCACGUCUACACCGGCCACGGCAGCCAUGUCACCAAUGUCCGCUUCACCCACGACGACGGCCACCUCAUUUCCAUGGGGGGCAAGGACACCAGCAUCUUCCAAUGGCGCAUGCUGGGGGGAAGCCCUCCAGCCAGCCGCUCCCUGUCCUCCGUUUCCUCGUACGAAGCCGGCUCCAGCACCUGAAGCUGCCGAAAUCCGGACGCAAACAUUCCAGGAUGGCGACCGAGUCCUCGCGGGUGGGGAAAUGCUGGGAGUGAUCCUCCAGCGUCGGUGAUCGGAGGAUCCCUUUUUAAAAAGAAACGAUUUUGGCCUCCUUUCCGUUAGCUAACCGUGUCGUCGUUUGCUUAUUAUUAACCCAAGGUGAGGGGCAGCAGCAAAGCGGGGUUGGGUGCACCAGGCCGAACCACCCGCCGCGCGCAAUAAAAUGCGUUUGCGUGAAACAGCACUACCUUGUGGUGGGCUGGGACGAUGGAAGAGGCUGCUGAGACAGACAGCAAGCAGGUGAAAGAGCCAAAAUUUGGCCCCGGGCUUUGUUCGGCUUUUGCUCUGUACAGGCCUCAAAAAAAAUUUCUGGAUUUUCAAAGCCUAAGAGGAGACAGGGGUGUUAGGAUUACGAUCUAACGGUUUGGUUGGCAAUAUAUAAAUCAUG